AUGGGAUUCCGUGCGAUCCAGCCCACUAUUUAUUAGCUGCCCGCUGAGUGAGGCACAAGCAUCGCCUGGUCUCUGUCCCCGACCCUAGUGCUGGUCCCACUGCGAAACUGCGCGACCCCUGAGCGAUUUCUACUUUAUAUUUCCAUGAGCAGAACUGCACCGGCUCAGCCUGUCCCGACAGCCGCUUUACAUGGACUACAGAAGCGUUAGUCGCACUUCACCCAGUCCCGUUAUUCUGCUACUGCUACUUCUCUUCUCCUGCGGGCAAGGACUUGCCCAGACCUGUGUGUCGUCCCCUUGCCUGAAUGGUGGAACAUGCCAGGAAACAGCAAGUGGAUUUACCUGUCUGUGCCCAGCGGAGCCAUUGGCAUUUACUGGAACUACCUGUGGAGAUCUGUAUGAUGCCUGUGCCAUUGAUAGAUGCCCCAGCACCCAUAGCUGUCAGAGCACCCCAGGGCAUCCUCAUUUUCAGUGUGUUUGCCAACCUGGGUUGAACUGCACCAAUGAGUGUCAGAGAAAUUCCUGCCCAUUCCAAAAUUUUCAGUGUACAGUUGGUGAGGACAGCUUUAUGUGCAAGUGCCAAAGUGGGUACGGUGGAGUGGACUGCAACUUUGAGGUAUCACCGUGUUUUCAGAACCCCUGCCAGAACAAUGCCACCUGUUUGGCAGAAGGAGACAGCUUCAGGUGUGUAUGUGAGCCAGGGUUCACAGGGCAGGAAUGUGAGGUCAAUGUGAACGAAUGUGCUUCAAACCCAUGCCAGAACGAGGCUCUCUGUGUGGAUAAAGUGGACAGAUACAUGUGCUUCUGUGUGCCCGGCUUCCAAGGCCACCAUUGCGAAAUAGACAUCAACGAGUGUGCUUCCAGACCAUGUCAGAACAACGGAACUUGUAUGAACCAACUGGACCAAUAUGAAUGUGCUUGUGCCAAUGGUUACACAGGAAUUAACUGUGAGAUGGAGAUAGAUGAAUGUCAGUCAGUUCCAUGUCAGAAUGGAGCUACAUGUAGGGACCAUAUUGGCUACUUCACGUGUGACUGCCCAGCGGGCUAUGAUGGAGAACAGUGCCAGCAUGACAUUGAUGAGUGCCAGAGCCAGCCCUGUCAGAAUGGAGGGCAGUGUAUGGAUGAAAUUAACAGGUUCCGCUGUGAUUGCAGUAAUACUGGCUUUGUUGGUGGCCGCUGUGAAGUAGAAAUCCUGGAGUGUGACUCAAAUCCUUGUCAGAACAAUGGCACGUGCAUGGAGAGAGUCAAUGGCUACGAAUGCUUGUGCUGGAAAGGUUAUUCUGGAAUUCAUUGUGAAAUAGAUGAUAAUGAAUGUUUUGAGGAGCCAUGUGUAAAUGGUGGCCUAUGUCUUGAACUAUCCAACCAGUCAUAUUAUGGCACUGAACCAGAAUUUAACAAGUUCAGCUACAGCCAAGCAGCAGGAUAUUUGUGCCGCUGCCAGCAAGGAUUUACAGGACCAAACUGCUCUGUGAACAUUGAUGAAUGUGAAUCUUGGCCUUGUCUGAAUGGCGGAACCUGCACCGACUUAAUCAAUGGCUUCCUGUGUAACUGUGCUUCUGGAUAUACAGGUUUCGACUGUUCCAUAAACAUCGAUGAGUGUAAAGACAGCCCAUGUAAGAAUGGGGCAAGCUGUGAAGAUGGAGUUGCUGACUACUCCUGCAUCUGUCCACCAGCUGCCCAGGAUGGGACAGUAUGGGGUGGUAAAAACUGUUCUGUAAUGUUGAUUGGAUGCUUGGAGCACAGCUGCCAAAACGCAGCAGAGUGCAUCCCUUUAUAUACUGGACAAAGCCACAGUUAUACCUGCAAAUGUCAACCAGGUUUUGUUGGGAACAAUUGUUCAACCCCUACAACAUUUUCCUUCUUGUCCCAGGGGUACCUAAUGUAUGAUUCACCUUUAAGUAAUGAAUCGUAUCAAAGCAACAUGUCAGUGAGAUUCAGGACAACAUUACCUGACAUGGUCCUCAUGUACCGAGGAGAUGAAGAUAGCUUUCUCGCACUUGAGAUUUAUAAUGGAUUUCUGCACAUGCGCCUUAAGGGAAAUGGAAGGUUGUUUCCGCUGGUUAUUGAUGAUUACAAGGUGAACGAUGGCCACUGGCACAAUGUGGAGGUAGACCUUCUAUCAAAUUCAUUCUUGAAGAUCAGCCUUUUUCAUAAUGAUUGCCGUAAUGGACUCUGCUCCCAAAAACAGACACCCACUGAAGGAUUUGACCCCUAUCUUCCAGAGUCCUUCAGAUCAUUGUAUAUUGGAGGACUUAUUCAAGAGUCAUUAAUCAAGAACACUCUAAGUCAGCAAAACUUCACUGGCUGCCUGGAGGACUUGGUUGUUGACUUGGUUACUCAGCUGCCGCACAACGUAAGCAGUGACAGGUCCUUUGGAAUGGUACUCGGAUGCAAAAAGGCGGAGGUGUGCCAUCCAAACCCAUGUCACAAUGGGGCAAACUGCAUUGAUCUCUGGUCCAGCUUUACAUGUGAAUGCAUCAGGCCCUUUAAAGGGUCCACCUGUAUGCAGGAGUAUAUAGCAGGAACAUUCUUCAGGGAGGGGAUUCCAAGCCACUCUUACUUUGAACUCAAUCAGGAUUUCGGAACGUCUUUCAAUAUAUCUGCUUUUAUCAGAACCCUAAAAUCGAAUGGUCUCCUACUGCAAAUCAGCUACGGAACAACGCCUUACUUCAGAACUUACCUGAAUAAUAGUUGGAUCCACAUUGAGACACUAUCUGCACAACCUCUUGUCUUUAAGAAGAACGUCAGUGAUGGCAUGAAGCACUUUAUAAGUAUUUCUGUCAGGGAAGGUAACGUUACAGUCACUGAUCUUCAGCAGGAAGUUUACUUGGGAAUGUUGCCGCCGGUGAUCAUUACCAAAGGAGAUGCAGUCCAUGUGGGCGGUUUGGCUACAGCAGACAGUACUAUUUUUUGGGGUGGGUAUUUCAAAGGAUGUGUUCAAGAUUUAAGGAUUAACAACGAUCACUUGGAGUUCUUCCACCCAGAACAUAUAAAUGUACAAGAAACCUUAUACUUUGGGAACAACACCAACGUCACUGAGAACUGCAUCUCUGAUGAUGUUUGUCAUCAAGGCCCAUGCAGAAAUGAAGGAAACUGCUCAGUAACCUGGAAUGACUUUGUUUGCAGCUGUCCGGCCAACUUCACCGGAAAAAGAUGUGAGGAGCCGGUUUGGUGUCGACGCUCUCCCUGCUUGCCAGGCUCCACUUGCGUGGAUGUUCCCAAAGGAUUUGUGUGUCUGGCCAAUGUGAGCUUCCAGGGCCACAGCUCUGCAGUAUUCACUCCCAUUAUUUCAGAAGAACACAAUCUUACAUCUAUCUCAUUGGCCUUCAGAACCAGAGACAGAGAUGCAGUUUUGCUCCAGUCUUCCAAAAAUGUGGAUUCUGUGCUAAUAGAAAUUCAGGGGGGUUACUUGUUUGUUGAUCUGCAAAGUGGAAAUAAUGUGGAUGGAGUCCAGCUUAAUGGAACAAUAGAUGUUGCUGAUGCUAUCUGGCACAGAGUAGUAAUAACCAUGGAAAGAGCGACUAAAGUGAAUUCUCAUUGGACAUUCCAGCUGGAUGACAGUGUUCAAAAGAAAUUUCAGUGGGAAGGCGACAACUUGAAUUUUAUGAGAAAUAACAUUUCCAUUGUAUUAGCUGAAGGCUACACUGGAUGUUUGGGCGAUGUGUCAAUUGGAGGGAUUUACCUUCCAUUUACAGACCAUGUGUUGCCACAGCAGGAUCAGUUUAUAAGGAAAUCUGAUGCUUUGGAGUUGGGAUGCAGAGGGGCAGAUGUUUGUUCUGAGAGUCCCUGUCUUCAUGGUGGAACAUGCCAAGAUCUUUUUAACUCCUUUAGCUGUACGUGCAGAAUAGGGUGGAAUGGGCAUCGUUGUGAGAUCAACAUCGAUGACUGCAAGUCUAGCCCAUGUCUUCAUGGUUUUUGUAUAGACCUAGAGGCUGAUUAUCAGUGCAGCUGUGAGGCUGGUUAUACCAGCAGGAACUGCGAAAUCAACAUCAAUGACUGUCAGCACCAUCAGUGCCUGAAUGGGGGGACUUGUGUUGAUGGCGUAAAUAACUACACAUGCAAGUGCCCAGCCAACUAUGCGGGGACCUUCUGCCAAUGGCCUUUUCCACCUGAGCAGUGCAAUAAAAACAUCACGUGUUUUAAUGGAGGCAGAUGCAACAGUGGAAUUUGGGGAGCUAACUGCACAUGUAGACCAGGCUUUAGUGGCAGAAGGUGUGAAAUAAAUGUCAACGAUUGUGAAUCAAACCCAUGUCUCAAUGGUGGAACUUGCCAGGAUUCUGUAAAUACCUUCAAAUGCAUUUGCAAUUCCAGCUUUAGUGGGGUGCGCUGUGAGAAAAGCGAUGCAGCCUCAAUGUUCCCCUUUCCUCUUGUUGGAGUUGCAGUACCUGUAACCUGUGGGGUUUUACUUCUACUUGUUAUUGGGGUCAUAUUCAUGGUGCUGACAGCAAGGAAGAGGAGACAGUCAGAAGGAACCUACAGCCCAAGCCAACAAGAAGUUGCAGGAGCACGACUUGAAAUGGACAGUGUUCUAAAGGUGCCUCCGGAGGAACGAUUGAUUUAAUGAAUCAAAUUUGCACUAGAGGCAACAGAGUGAGGAAUCUAACCUUGUUACUCAAUACAAUGGGCACUUGGCCCCCAGAACUGAAGUCCAGAAAACAAGUGUGGCUUUAAAAUCUUAGACUGAGCUUAUUUAUUGGGAAUGUGCAGGCUGCUCCUUAAUCUCAGCUACAACUUUUACUCUUAAAAUUAAAGAGUAUUUUAGAGCAGGAAUGCACCUAAUAGGAAGAAACUGUAUGCGAGAGGAAAUUCAGGAUACUUUCUAAAACAGAGGAUGAUAAGACACCACUUUCCAAGACCAGAAACUUGGCAGCGUGAGGAAGCCUUGGCAAUAAUUUGUGUUGGAUUGUACCUAAAUCUAUCCUUUGAAUACACAAUAUUUGGUAUAUCAUAAAAAGUGUCUUGUACUUAACCCUCUUUUUGGCCUGGCUGCUUUUGGCCCAGGCUGAUCACAUUAAAGGCAUUUGUUGCAAGGAUUAUUUUAUGAAGCCACUACUACUACUGAGCUACUCCUGUACGGCUACUACUGAUUUCGCAUGUGCCUUUAGGAUAUCUAUUACAUGGUGAUAUUUACUGAACUGGGCCAUAAUGUGCUUUAGGAUUGCAGAAGAUUGGCUCUUAAUUCUGUGCCUUAGUUCUGCCAUUACCUCAUUAUAUAUUUUGUACACUGGAUGUCAUUGACCACUGGAUGUUAUCCCUUCUUCUGUUGGACUGCAGUGCAUUCUGGAACUCCUGCAGAAUCAUCUGGUGAAGGAUGGGUUAUUUAUGGAACUGUGAUGCAACAAAAUACCCAGUCCCGGCUCAGUUUUGAGCUAGUGCCUUAUGGAAUCACUGCAAAACUUUAUUAAUAGUGCUGCCGACUGGUAAUGCUCCAUCUCUGGCAUCUUCUCACUGCCCACAGUUAUGCUGCACUGUAUUACAAUGCCAAGUAAUAGUCUAAUGUCUUGAUUACCUAUGGGGACAUAGAUGUAUAUGUAUACAUGGCUUAUAUCACCUUUGACUCAUCUAAGGAGAUGUCGUUUAUAAAAGGUGGGAGACUAAAAUCCUUGGUGUAGCAAACUGGCAGAAGGGGAAAUGUCUGACAUUUAAUGGGUUAAGGUGUAAAUCCAUAGGAGCACUACUUACUGAGUUUCAAUCCAUCACAUGACUUCUGCCCAGCAAAAUUGGGUUGUUCAUAUUAGCUUUAGAUUUUGGCACCUAAAACAGAAAAUUCAGUGAGUUUUCUAUAUCUCAUGUUUAGCAACUGGUGCUUUUUGUAUGCAGCCACAGAUGUGUAAACACUGGUUUUCCGCACAGGAACAUAGAUGUGAAUAGAACUGUACAGUAGUGACGUGUAUAUAUUGUCUUGCAUCAAGAAUGCUGCGUUUGGGAUACUGAAUAAAAAGGAUAAACCAAAAGCUA